AUGGCACCUCUUCGAGUUUUCGCCCAACGGGCAGCACCCCGCCUCGUAAAGGCUGUCUCGCAGCAAGCCCGUCGUGGAAUGGCUACCGAGAAGCAAAUUUUCAACCAAAUUGUCUCAACAAAGAACAUUAGGAAGAUUACCGCUUCAAUGAAGAUGGUUUCCGCAGCCAAGCUGAAGGGUGACGAAAAUCGCCUAGCUGCCGCCAUUCCUUUCAACGCUUGGACCAACAACUUGUGCCCCGAGCCUACGGAAAUUGACGAUGCUACCUUUGAAGAGUUCCCUCAAAAGACUCUGGUUGUUGCAUUCACCUCUGAUAAGGGUCUUUGUGGUGGUAUCAACUCUUUCAUUACCCGUGCAACCAAGCGUAUGAUCACAAUUCUAGAAGCAGAAGGAAAGACUUGCGAUGUCGCCAUCGUUGGUGAUAAAGGACGUGCACAACUUCGCCGAACGCAUGGAGAAAGUAUUGUUCGAAGUGCCACCGAGGUUGUUUCCCCAGGUUCCUUCACUCUUGCCUCUGCUCUUGCCGGUGAGCUUAUGGCCGCUGGAGCUGAGGAUUACGAUGCUAUCUGCAUCAUUUACAACUCUUACGUCAACGCUGCCGUUUACAAUCAAAUGUACAAGAUCAUUACUCCUCCCAACAUUCAUGGCGAAGAUGGUGGAGUCUUGCCUGCAUAUGACUUUGAUUCCGAUAAGCCAGAGGCAAUGGGAGACCUUUAUGAAUACUUGAUUGCUUCUCAACUUUUCCAUAGUUUCAUGGAUGGAGCCGCCUCGGAACAAUCUUCGCGAAUGACUGCCAUGGAAAACGCUUCCAAGAACGCCGGAGAGAUGAUUGACUCGUUGACACUUCGAUACAAUCGUGCCCGUCAAGCCCGUAUUACCACAGAGCUCAUUGAGAUUAUUUCUGGAGCUUCUGCCCUUGAUGACUAA